AUGUCAUCGACCCUUCUUGAAUCUACUGUGUCGGUUGAUGAAAAUGAUGAUGAUGAUUUCCUAGGGGACACUCUACCGCCUUUUGCUAACGAGGAAAUCAAAGAGAAAUUCAAACUACUCAAGGCUCGAGAUCGUAAAUGCGAAGAGCUGGAGACAGCUGCGGUUGAAGAAAGGGAGAGGAUCAAGAAUAUGCAGGACCAUCUAGUGAAUGUACAGAAAGAGAUUAAAAACUCAGAGGCUCUGCUGGAGUUCAAACGGAAGGAGAAAGAGUCUAAGGAACAUUUAAUGGCGUUGGACCAACGGCAAAUCGGUCGGCUGGAAACAGACAUUUUGAGAAAUCGUAAAAUCGCACAAGAUCGCAAACGGAUGAUAAACGAGGCUAGAAAUGCUGUUGAAAUUGCAAAUACGAAAGUAGAUGAAAUUCGGGCGGAACUAGAGUGGGGACAGGAAGAGCUUGAACAGUGGGUGAUGGCGGCCAGACAGAAGGAAGAGGAUGAGGUUCAGCUCGAGGAGUAUAGGAGAUCGGAUGAUGUUAAAGUUAAAACUCUACAAAAGCAGGUCGAAGAAAGUCUGAGAAAAGUUUUCAAUCUCAAAGAGGAGCUCAGCGGACGGGCAACAGAAGCGGAGGCGAUGCAACUCGAAAUGAAUAAGUUGGGAGAGCAGCUGGCGCAAGCUACUGCGGGUAGAGCGGCUGAUCUUGCUGCGUGGGAAGCCGGAGUUGAUACCAAUAAACGUAAAGAUGCGCAACUGGUUGCCCUGGGAGAACAGCACGCAAAGGAGAGUAAACGUCAUAAGGAAAAAGAAUUGAAGCUGGCUGAGUUGCAUAAAAUUGAUGAAAAUUACGGCAAAAUGAUAAAGGAGGUGGUGGACACUAAGAAGAUGAAAGAGUCUUCGGUGGCCAUCACCGAUAGAGAAUUGGGUAUACUGCGAUUGGAAAAUCUCAAAGUUCGACAGGAACUCGAUCUACUCCGCGAUGAAGUCGAAAUUGUGCGUACAGAAGUGGGCGCGGCCACCGACGAGCGGAAUCAGAAGCAAACUGAAAUCGAGCAGUGGACUGAACGGAUAGAAGAAAAAAAGAAAAAAAUUGCUGGUAUGAAAAAAAGGCUGGAGUUGGAAAAGAAGAGGAAAGUGGAGGUUGAAAAUUCGAAGAUGGAUAAAGAGCAAAUGGCGAUCGAAGCUGAACGGAUGCACAGCCAAGCGGUUGAAAGGGCCGGGGAAUUGUCGUUGCAAUUGAAGUUGGCAAAAGAGGAGUUGUUGAAAGCUCAACAGGAACUUUAUAAAGAGCGAGAGAACGAGCGGACCAAAAUGGGAGAAAUUUCGGGACUGUUGAGCGCGAUAAAGAAUGUGAAGGCCAGGAUUGCCAAGGUUGAUGCAGAGCGUCAGCGACAACAGGAGCUCCUUUAUAAUGCAGAUUUCGAGUGUCAACUGAUGGAAAGGAAAGUGGCCCGAAUCAAUGGGGAAAGGAGUGUUGAGGAGAAGGAGGAAUUAAAUAGGAAAAUCAAAGAAAGUGAAGUGCAGUUGGAGGAACAACAGAAUUUACUACAAGUGCUGAAUAAGCAAAUAAAGCAACAAGACUUGGAGGUGAAAAAUGCGCGAAAACGACUGAGCGAAGCGAAAGCGGUCGAGAGGGAAAACGCAGCGAGAAUUGAAAAAUUGGAAGAGGAAAUUGAAAUGCGUUCUCGAGAAGGAGCGGCGAGGAAAAGUGAGCGCGAUGAAGCGGCGGCAAAACGGGAGGGGUUGAAAUUGGAAGUUGAAAAAUUGAAAGCGCCUUUGUUGGAAUUAGUGGAAAAAGUGGUGACUGCGGAAAAUACGAAGAUGAAAAUGGAGAUGGAAUCCCGGGAGAAGGAACAGGAGUUACACAUAAUUCACGAGGGAUUGCGGACUGAACUGAGGCUGCUGAAUGAGCAGAGGCAAGCGUUGCAAAUGCAACUGACGGAACGCAAGCAGAGAAUUUAUAACGUUAAAGCGAAGUCGCAAGCAUAUUUCGUGUUAAAAGCAGCGCAAGAAAAAGAUCAGCUUCAACGUGAGGGGGAUGAAAUGGAUAGGAAAAUUAAAGUCGCUGAGGAGGAGCUGCGCGGCUUGGAGAACUCAUUGGGAUAUCUGAUUAACAGCAAUCGAAAAUAUAAAGCGGGGCUGAAAAGCUCUGGAGAGCGCGAGAAGCAGAAAGAUGAGAAAGGUGUCUCAUUGGGAGCUCGCGGAAAGAAGAAACGCAUCGCUGAAUUAACAGCCAUCGUGGAUUCUGAUGAAGCUCGGAAGUCCCAAAUGGUCGAAGAUUCGCGCCACUUGAGGGCUAAGGUCGAUCGCCUGGUCGACUUGAAGAAUCGCCUUUCACGUGAGAUCGAUGAGAGUUCGGCUAAAGCCACGAGAGCAUCUAGAAGUCUUGAAGCCAUGCAAGAUCGGGUUGCGGCUGCUGUGAGGAGCGGCAACUUAAACGAGGAGCUUCUGCUAUGGCUCGGCUCGGGAGUGUUGGAGAACAACAUGAGCAUCUUGUUGCGACCAUCAAGUCGCUAUGUCGGACAAUCGUGGAGCACCAACCUAACACUGAUUCAGUUGUUGAAUUCCUGGCGGACCGACUUGGAUCAGUAG